AUGCCCUUCUCUCACAAUUGGCCCUCUGAACCUCUCCUCGCCGUCGAUGUCUUCAGGGCGGCCGGUGCGAACGCCAACUCGCGCAACAACGCCCUUGCGUUGUCCGACAAUGCGUACAAGCGUGCAGAGCUCAUCUGGAAGACUUGGGGGCUUACCUUCGAGGACAUCAUCAACCUCACCCCCAAGUUUUGGAAGAUUCACAACGACCCCAUUGCUUGGCAUGACGGUUCUUCAAUCACCAUCAUGACCAUCCAUCUUAACUUAGCUGUUGGUACCAUUGGUUCCUAUGCCCAGGACCGUCCAGAACUCCAGGCUCUGUGCAAGGACAUGAUGGAUUGCAAGGCAAUUGGCCAGUUCCUUCUGACCGAAGCUGGACAUGGCCUUGACGCCACAAACUUGGAAACGACUGCUACCCUGCAACCGGAUGGUACAUUCAUUCUUAACUCUCCGAACCGAUUUGCAUCCAAGUAUAUGCCCCCCACCGUGCCCGUCCUCGGCAAGCCUUGCUAUGCCGUUGUGUGGUCUCAGCUCAUUGUUGGCGGUGAAAAACGUGGUAUCCGUCCCUUUGUAGUCCAGUUGAACGAUGACUUAAUCCCCACUCGUCAUGGUGCGACUCCCGUCAACCAUGCCAUUACCCACUUCAACAACGUCAAACUCCCUUCCACGGCCCUCCUUGGCCCCGUAGGAGACAAGCCAUCCACUCACGAUGACUUCUUGGUCGCCAUUUGGCGUAUCUCCGUCGGCACUCUUGCUCUUGCUUCUCUCGCUCUGCCUGCUACCCAAAUUGCCGCACACAUUGCUUACAAGUACUCCCUCCGCCGAAAAGUUGGAGCACCCAACCCCGUACCCAUUAUUUCGUUCCGCACCCAGCAGAUCCCAAUCUUCACCGCUGUUGCUCAAACAUAUGUUAUUGAGGCCCUGACCAAGCACGCCAUCAAGUACUUCACUGACCCUGUCGCCAGCCACCAGGCACGUCAUGCUAUCACAACUAUCUACAAGGCUGUUGUCAUGGAGCACGCCCAAGCAUCUCACUUCAAUCUCUCUGAGCGUCUGGGUGCUCAGGGCCUGUUUGAUUAUAACCAGAUCGUCACGCAAUUCGCUGAGAUGAGAGGUAUCGUUAUUGCCGAGGGCGAUGUUCUUGUUUUGUCUAUCCGCCUUGCUUCGGAACUGCUCCAGGGUCGUUAUGCCGUCCCUGCUCCCCUCUACCCCCAGAGCCUCCUCGCCCAGCACGAAAAGGGUGUAUUCGAAGAAUGUCGUGCUCUUGCCAAGAAGUACGGUCCUCGCAGCACGCAAUACGCCGAUUACAUUCUUCCCCGAUCCAAGGAUCUCGUUGAGGCCAUUGGACAUCGUAUGGCACACGAAUCUGGUGUUGCUGAACAUGUACCCCAGAUCCUUGCGGACAUCUAUGAGGUGUUUGCAAUCAAGAAGGAUAUCGGCUGGUACCUGGAGGCCGGUUUACUCACCCGUGCUCGUAUCGCCGACAUGGAAAAUGCUGCCAUGAUCUCUGCCUUCCCCAACAUGAACGAAUGGGUUGAUGGAAUGGGUGUCGCUCCUUACGCCAAGGCACCUAUCUUGUCUGAGGCUUCGUGGGAUAACUUCGUCGAUAACAUGUACACUUUCCGAGAGGCACCAGAAGAGAGGGCAUUUAUGUAA